UGGUAAUUAAUGGCUCCACGCGCACACCACACGAGCCCUAUACUCCUCCGAGGGCUCGUUUCUUGCCACGUCAUCACCUUCGCCGGUCAUAUUUCUUACGCUCCACGUAAUUACAGCACGGCCACUAAAUAUACGCUCAUGUUCCCGAUCUACCCUUCAACAGCCACUAGAAUUACAACCCCUAUCCACCCAAAGACGGUUUAUUUUCCUUAUAAACCCUCCUCCCCUCUUUACCCAUUUUCGUCAUUUUACAUCAUCCCUUCUCCAUAACAAUGGCUACUGGUUUGGUACGCAGAGGUAUUUCCAGGCUUCAAAAGUCGCCGGCGGCGACGCUUUUUCUUUCCCGAGCUCAUGCUUCGGAGCCUCAAGCUCAACAAUCGGAACCCACCACCAGAUCUUCACAAAACCUAAAGAAUUUCCAAAUCUACCGAUGGAAUCCGGACAAUCCAGGCAAACCGGAGCUACGAAACUACGAGAUAAACCUCAAGGAGUGUGGACCGAUGGUACUCGACGCGCUUAUCAAGAUCAAAAACGAGAUCGAUCCAUCUCUAACGUUUCGUAGAUCUUGCCGUGAAGGAAUCUGCGGAUCAUGUGCUAUGAACAUCGACGGAUGUAACGGACUGGCUUGUUUAACGAAGAUUCCGUCGGAAGAGACGACGAUGAUUACGCCUUUGCCGCAUAUGUUUGUGAUUAAGGAUCUGGUGGUGGACAUGACCAAUUUCUAUAAUCAGUACAAGAGUAUCGAACCAUGGUUGAAGCGGAAGUCGCCGGCGCCGGCCGGUUGGGAAGGGAAAGAGAUUCCUCAGAGCAAGAAAGAUCGGGAGAAACUCGACGGAAUGUAUGAAUGCAUAUUGUGCGCCUGUUGCAGCACUUCCUGCCCUAGCUAUUGGUGGAACCCUGAAUCUUAUCUCGGCCCUGCUGCUCUUCUCCAUGCCAAUAGGUGGAUUAUGGAUAGUCGUGAUGAGUACACACAGGAAAGAUUAGAUGCAGUAAAUGAUGAAUUCAAGUUGUAUCGAUGUCAUACCAUUUUGAAUUGUGCUCGUGCAUGCCCAAAAGGUCUCAAUCCUGGAAAGCAAAUUCAGAACAUCAAGAGUCUUCAGACGUAAUUGGGAACAAGUAAUUUGGUAUUGUUAUACACUUAUACUUGAAGAUCUUGUUGAUUAUCAUAUUUGUUUGUUAAUAAUACCCAUUGACUAUGUUGUUAUCUUGUUGCUCUUUGAUAAAUAAAUUAAUCAACUUUGGUUUGUGUUUA